AUGGUGCCGGUUGCAGUGUUGGCCUUGCCGUUUGUGGCAAACGUGCUGCUCAGGGUAUUCCUGGAACACGGGCUGGACCUGACGCAGUACAUCCGACUGGCCACGGAGGAGAACGUGACGCUGGUUGUGUUGGUGGUGUACACGGUGUGGCUCGUGCACUCGGUGACCUUUGCAGUGCUGUUGCCCAACCCACGCACAAAGGACACACAAGCCGCCGCGGUCGCUCAGAGCCUUGGCCGGUGGUGGACAACGCAGUGGACCGUGCUUUCCAUCGCCCACUUGCUGUGCAAAACAGCUUUCCGCUUCAACCCGACUGCGACGCAGUUGCUUACCCUCUUCGAUGGCUGCGUCGUCGCCAUACCCCUUUCCACGCUCAGCAACCCUGCCAGCUUUCCCCAGCUCGCAGGACUUGCGACAGCCACCCUCGGCCUGCUCCAGCGCCUGUCGCAGCGUCCUGGCGUUUCUGUCAACGACAUUGCUGCGGAGCUGUGGCAUGACUCCGAUGUAACCCUGCCAAUCCUCAUCGUCGUCGGCCUUGCCACGAUGGGCGCAUCGGUUAUUAUUGACCGCUCCACCUCCUCUGUGCCUUCCUCAUCGCCAAACGGUUUCAUCUCGAGGCUGGUUGGCCCAAAGACGAACAGCACCUUCGUUGUGCCCAGCAGUGCCAUCACUGCCGCUGUUGGGCGUCACACGAGCGUCGUGUUUCCGCGCAAAGACAUCGACGCCUUUCAGCAGGAAGGCUUCCAGGCAGAGCAAAUCGAGCUUGACUUUGGACACUCGCGCGUGCAGGAAGUGGCGCACACGAUCCUGAGCGACGGCGGUUUGUUUGUCUCCUUCCAUCCGCUGGAGGCCGGUACCGUCUUCUGCAACGUCUACGUCAACAACGCGCUGCUUGACGGCUGCCCGAUUACCAUCGACGUGCAGCCAAACUGA